GAGACGCAUACUCGUUGUCCGAAAGUCCCGAAUCAAUCAAUAAUUUCGAAAUGCUAAAAUUUUGAUUAUAUUUAAAGCUAACAGAUUCUUUUAAUUCAGAAAUUUACUAGAAAAUGGAUACUGAUAAAAAGACCAUACUGACAUGUGUGUUACUGGCCUUGUUGAUUUUAGACAUGGUCGAAUGUCGAGGAGGUGGUGGUGGGCGUGGCGGAGGAAGUGUUGGAGGGCGAGGCGGAGGGCGUAGUGGUGGACGAGGUAGUGGACGAACAGGUAGAGGUGGAAGUGGUGCUGGUGGAGUCGGUGGAUCUGGAGGAGGCAGCGUGUCUGGAGCCUGGUGGUUGGGUUUGGUCAUCGUUGGGAUAGUUUGUUUAAUUGUAGUGACUGUAUACCUUUGUUAUAAGUGUGAUGAAAAGCAAAAACAGAGAAAGAACAUUCCCCGAUGGAUCAUGCACAAAUGCAUAAAGUGGUAAUUCACAAACCGUGUUUCCGACCACAACAGAAUAUGGACGUGUCGGCGAUAUACGGAACUUCUAAAGGACAAGGCAGACAAAAACAAACUGCACAUAAAAACUUGCCUCCUGCGUACAGUCUACAUGCACCUGCUUCGUUUUCAAACGUCAAUAAACCAUCUGUACAUCAAGGCAAACAGUUCAGUGAGAAUUUCAUGCUAUACUAGUUACUAGGGGGCACGAAACGUCCAUAAUCAUCGAUGCAGACAGAAAUGCACCAACUGUCAGUGGAACAAUUGAAAUGAUUGACUCCAGUUUUCAGAAACUUAAAAAUGAAUUAGACCCAAUUAUAUAUUUGAAAAUAUGAAUAAUUACUUGAUAGUAGCAUAAAACUAUUGGUGGAAUGAGCCAACUUGUAAUGUGUAACAAAAUAUAUAUGCCUAUAUUCUAAAUACCAAAGGUGUGCAAUUGUAUUGUUAGGCUUAAUUUUCACACUAGAAACGUAGAUUUUACAAUCUGUCUGUAGACGUCUGAAAUGGUAGUGUGUCAUACGUUGUCCUCCCCAGAAGCAAUGUUGAUUUUAAUACAUUGAUGUUGUUUGAUGAUUCAGUAUGGCUGAAAUCAUCUUUGAAACGUCUUUUCUGUCGUCCGAUUAUUCAUUAUAUAUGCUAUGUAUUUAUUAAUCAUACGUCAUCAGACAGUUUUGCAUUAUGAGAUGUCGGGACGUCCAAAAUAUUCAAAUGAUCUGGAUUAAGAAUCCAUCUGCCAGAUCUAGCUAUAAAGCAAUUUUAAAUCAAUGUGCCUGCACGUAGAUUCUCCCUGUGGCUUAAUAUAACAUUAAAGCCCUUAUUAUGCAAACACAAUCAAUUUAUGCAUUUGAAGUAAGCACCGAAUGUACAAAACAUCGAUUGAUGGUGCAAAAAUUGUUAGGGAAACUGGUAGAAAAAUAAAUCACCACAGCUAA